AUGGCUUACCGACCUUUGAAAGUUAAGGCUAUUUACGAGUAUACAUCCCAGCAUGAAGAUGAUCUCCAUUUUUCUUGCGGGCAAGUCAUAAUAAUCACAGGAGAGGAAGAUGAUGAAUGGUACUCGGGGGAGUAUAUUGAUGAAUCUGGAAUUCAGCAUAAAGGUAUAUUUCCAAAAAAUUUUGUUGAAAACCACGAGCCUGUAGCACCUCCUCGGCCCAACCGUAUCAUUCAUGUGAAUGAAACACAGUCUACGGCAGAGCCAGCCAGCCAGCCCAUCCCCUCAUCCGCAGAAAAUUCGUCUCCAACGGUAGAGCCUUUGCCUAUUCCAACGGAAAAAACCUGUGUCAUACGAGAUCCUACAUCUCAACCUUUGACCACUGAUUUUAGUGCGUCCCUGUCCAAAUCUUAUCCCGGAAAAUCGUCUCAGUCUCAGUCCCCGCCCCAGAACACAAAACUUCACUCUAUCACUUCAGCUCCAUCACAGCCAUCUGAAAAACCCGUUAGCAACACUCUGAAAGAUAGAAUUGCGGCCUUCAAUAAAGCAGCUACUCCAGUCAUUCCAUUUAAACAACCAGGACUCUCUUCGAGGAGCGCUAAUAAUUUUAUUAAAAAGCCCUUUGUUGCUCCACCACCAAGUAAAAAUGCAUUCGUUCCAUUACCAAAAGAUCAGCCAAUCCAGAGAGUUUAUCGCCGUGUAGAAGAAAAAGAGCUCUCUACUAAAAUGUCUGAAAACAAAGAAAAUUCUGACAGACCUCUGCUCGCAACAGGUGAAGACCUAAUUGAGGAAGAACCUCCAAAACAAACCAGUCUGAAAGAACGUAUUGCCUUACUUCAGAAACAACAACUGGAACAGGCAUCCCGACACUCAGAUCUGAAUUAUAAGAAGGACAAGUCUAAGCGAAAUAACAAAAAGUACGCCGACACAAGUGCGAAUAUAGAUCAUGAAGAUGGGAAUGAAACAUUAAACGAGAGGGAUAAAGAUUGUGAUGCCUCCAGGAAGAUUUCAAUUGAAUUAGAAAAAGAGGAUUCAUCUAAUUUGAGUCGUCAAAAGCUUGUGGGUACGGAUCCUGAGACUUGUGGGCCUAAUUAUACAAAGCCGAUGAAAGAUGCAAUUGAGGUCAUUUCAAGUUUAAAUGAAGAGACGAGAGAGAAUGAGGGUAAAAAUACCAAGUUGGAAUUGCAAACAGGUAUUCUGGAUGAAGACUCUUCAUCUAUUUCACAAUGCGAAUAUGAGCCUCAACAGAAAAACAUAAUUCAGAGUACGAGUAUUUCGGAUGAUAACGAUAAUGAUGAUGAUAAUCACGAUGAUGAUGAUGACACAGAAGUCGAUCCAGAAAUCAAACGUAAGGAGGAGCUUAGAGCUCGCAUAGCUAAAAUGAGUGGAGGGAUGGGUAUGCAUGGCAUGAUAGGGCCUCCUUGCAGCUUACAGUUUCCUAGCAUGAUCUCAGCUUCAAAAACCAAGGGUAAUAGCUGUGACAGACGUCCAGUCGAGGCAAAGGCGGAUAGCACGCAAAUUACCCCUGCUCCGGCGGCUCCCCCUCCCAAUAUGUCCCAAACGAAACCUCAAGAUUUUGAUUGUGAUGAUAUGAACGCUCCUUCACAAAGAUCUUCUCCUCUAGAGAAUACAUCACAGCAAGCUAACACGCCGCAUGUGCUACCACAAGAGUUUAUUGCACCGCAAACUCCAAUAUCAAGACCAACACCUCCUACUCAAAUAAAUUCUCGUCAUUCUAUCAUAGAAAAGCUAGUCAUCAGUGAGGCUAUUUCUACAUCUAAUAAAGAUAUAGACUCAUUAUCGCAAGAUCCGUGUCAGGAGAGUUAUGUCACAAAACCAUCACAACUUUACUCGCAAGAAAGUCUGACCUAUGAUGAAUCUGUUGGACUUUGUCGGGGAAAAAAUACAGAUUCAAAUCAAUGGUCGCCAGGUGCUACAAUAUUACCUAUGCCUAACCGAAUAGCUCGACCAUCACCGCCAACAUCAAAUAAUCACACUCUCUAUCAAGAGCGUCCCGUCUCCUAUUCAUCUCCGGAAAAUGACGCUAUAAAUUUCUCUCAGGAUAAUCCUCGUUCUGCAAAUACAUCCCAUAUGAAUUCCACUACAACAGAAGAGGAAGAACGCGAGGAAUCUCAAAGCUUUCAUGAGACCUCUGAAGCUCCUGCCCAAAUUCCUAAAAGACUAAGUCAAGAUGUAACUAGGGUCUUGGGAUUUACUGAUGAUGCACCCCAAACUUUAUACAAUAGAUCUGCACCCUCUCUUCCUCCGCCCUUGCCAAAAUCAGCAGCUCCAAGAGGACCUCCAAUUCCACUACAAUUCGUUUCAAGCUCAAGGUUAUCAAUGGAUAUGCCAAGGUCAGCUCCACCGCCACCCCCAAAUAAUAUGCCAGCUUCAUGGGAUCAAAAUGAUGACGAACAUAACUUUCAAAAAUAUACGGUGCCGAAGAAAAGAGCUCCUUCUGUUCCCUCGAUGAUUGAUCCAUCAUUCCGGCACGAAGGUUCUGAAUAUGAUCUUUAUUCUGCUUCACCACCCAGAUCACCGUACGGCGUGCAGGAAAGGAAUAGUUUGCAAUACUCUCAGCGAGAUCCUAUGACUCCUGCUGGAGCCAGGGCCCUUCCUCGCAAAUCUAUAGAAAUAUCACGGUCAGCGACCAUCACAAGGAGAUCAACUGAUAUUACUAGAAUAUCUUUGGAUUCUGGGUUUGUCGCUAACGAUAUUGAUCUUGCGCCCAUGUCUUUUUGGUGGACACAGCUCAAUGGAAUUCCUGCUGCUCUACAAGGAAAGAAAGAUAUACUGUUUGAAACAGAGGAGAAAACAUCUUACCAAGGCGGGAAAACAAUGAUAAAAAAAGAAAUCUACGUCCUGUUUCAAGAUUAUUCACAGACAAUUUUGUCAGCUUGUUUUGAUUCGCAGAAUCCAGCGGACGUGAAACUAGAACAAACCCACGAACAACCACCAUCUCGCCUUCGUCAAGAUCAACUCGAGCAAGCUCACGAAAAUCUUGGGCGCCGUAUAUACGAUGAGAUAAUUACGCGUAAGGAUUCUAUCGUAGGCGAUGGAACGCCUCAGGGCCUUAUUACAGAGCUUCUGAACCCUCUUCCUAAUGUUCUACAUCCUGUUGGGUCUCGUGCUUAUGGUGCAUUGAUUUAUGGCAAUAUAGCUAAUGCGUCAGUACAACAAAAAGAUGAGAUUAGGCCAGGUGACAUUAUUACUUUUCGAAAUUCUAAAUUUCAGGGUAAGCAUGGCCCUCUUAACGCUAAAUAUUCAAUUGAGGUCGGCAAACCAGAGCAUGUUGGUAUUGUUGCUGAGUGGGAUGGCACCAAAAAGAAAAUCCGAGCUUGGGAGCAAGGCAGAGAAAGCAAAAAAGUCAAGUUAGAAAGCUUUAAGCUGGAGGAUUUGAGAAGCGGUGAAGUCAAGGUUUGGAGAGUUAUGCCACGAAGCUGGGUUGGAUGGACAGUAGAUAAAUAA